AUGGGUUUUUCGAGUCCAAAUAGCCAGCUCUUGUCCAAGAUAGCAACCAAUGAACUACAUGGAGAAAAUUCGCCUUACUUUCAUGGGUGGAAAGCAUACGAUAAUGAUCCUUUCCACCCUAUCCAAAACCCGAAUGGCGUUAUCCAAAUGGGUCUGGCAGAAAAUAUGCUUUCUUUUGACCUAAUCGAGGAUUGGAUUAAGAAAAACCCAAGAGCAUCGAUUUGUACCAGUGAAGGACUUAACAAGUUCAGGGAUAUUGCUAUCUUCCAGGACUAUCAUGGUUUAUCGGAGUUUAGAAAUGCUGUUGCAAAGUUUAUGGGGAGAGUGAGAGGUGAUAGGGUUAAAUUUGAUCCAGCCCGCAUAGUCAUGGGUGGUGGAGCAACUGGAGCUAAUGAACUCAUCACGUUCUGUUUGGCUGAUCCAGGCGAUGCAUUUUUGGUGCCCUCACCUUAUUAUCCAGCAUUCGGUAGGGAUCUCAGAUGGAGAACUGGGGUGCAACUAUUUCCAGUGAUGUGCAACAGCAAGAACGACUUCCAGAUCACCGUAGAGGCACUAGAAGAGGCAUAUGAGAAAGCCAAGCAAUCCAACAUCAAAGUCAAAGGCUUGAUCAUAGCAAACCCUUCAAACCCAUUGGGCACCGUAUUAGAUCGAGAGGCACUGAAAACCCUAGUGAGCUUCAUCAAUGAGAAGAACAUUCACCUUGUCUGCGACGAAAUCUAUGCAGCCACCGUCUUCAGCGCCGCCCCAAAUUUCAUAAGCGUCGCUGAGAUUAUACAAGAAAUGGACUGCAAUCGCGAUCUUAUUCACAUUGUUUACAGUAUGUCAAAGGACAUGGGCCUCCCAGGCUUCAGGGUUGGAAUUGUGUAUUCAUACAAUGACGCAGUUGUGAAUUGUGGCCGAAAAAUGUCAAGCUUUGGAUUGGUCUCCUCACAAACACAGCACUUACUCGCUUCAAUGCUUGACGAUGAGGAGUUUGUGGAAAUGUUUCUUAGAGAGAGUGCUAAGAGGCUGUCUGAUCGGCACAAAUUCUUCACAAUGGGGCUUGAACAAGUGGGAAUCAGUUGCUUGAAAAGCAACGCAGGCCUGUUUGUUUGGAUGGAUUUGCGUUCAAUGCUCAUAGAACAAACAGUUGAAGCUGAACUGGAGCUAUGGAAGAUCAUAAUCAACCAAGUGAAGCUCAAUGUCUCUCCUGGCUCUUCGUUCCAAUGCGUUGAGCCUGGUUGGUUUAGGGUUUGCUUUGCGAAUAUGGAUGAUGCCACAGUAGAAAUUGCUCUCAAAAGGAUUCAAAUGCUUGCGGGUCAAGGCAAAGAGAAAGAGGUGGCAGUAAAGAACAAGCCAUGGCGAAAGAAUCUUCGACUCAGCUUCCCAGCUCGAAUAUACGAUGAGAGCAGCGUCAUGUCGCCGCGUCUGAUGUCGCCUCACUCACCGAUUCCUCACUCGCCACUCGUUCGAGCCAGGACUUAG